AUGGGUAAAAAAGAACUUUCAGCGUGGAUACGUUCCGGCGUCGUAGAAAAAAAUCUUAAAGAAACUUUUGACUCCACUUUGGACGCGCUAUGUGAUGCCUGUCCGUUGAGAAAGUCCCGCGAGUCUAUAUAUAAAUCACUUCACGACCUUUUAUAUAGCGAUAAGACCUUUCGUCAAAGUUCUCUAGCACACAUCACGAUGUUCGGCUGGCUUGAAGAUAAAAAAUUAUCGUCAUCCUCUUCUUCCUCGUCUCAAAAACAGUCAAAGCCUUUUGCGGUUUUUAAAAAAACGCGGUUUCAUUCAUCUGCUGUUGGUCAACAUGCAACCGUCACCAAUAAUCGCAAAGAUAAUACAACCGCUCGCGAUUCUCCUCCAUCAAUUGAGCAAUCAUUUUCUUUUACCAAAAAGGAACAAGGAACGAUUAUAGAGCCUUUCAUUAAUCUUGCUGAGAGAGCAGUUUAUGAUUUCCUUGUCAACAACGAAGAUAUUAUUCCUUUAGAAGUCGUUGAAUCAUUCGCGGAUAAACAACGGCCUCCCAUUAGCAAAGACUUCUGCAACGCUGAUCUAUUAUGCAUGUUAAAUUUUAUCCUGGAAAACAUUACUAUUUUCUCAAAAAAAUCCGCGUUCCAUGGCCAAUAUAAGGCCAACCCUGCCGAGUUACUAAUUGACUUUAAAAAGAAUGUGAGAAAUAAAUUGGCUCAUGGAAUUGUGGUUAGCGGAAAAGGUCGUUGGAGCGACCAUGCACUCCAGCACGUCUCUAUAUUAGCUUGCGAAGUUAUAAUUUGCCUUG